AGUGUGGGAGGGGUGACCCAUUCCCGGCGCCGCAGUUGACGUGGCCAGUCGCGACAUCCGCUUCGCCUUCGCCAUGGACACGCUGCGCCAGCUCGGCUCGAUGGAGCGCAUGCGCCGGUCGAUGCGGCUCCAGCGCCGCAACUGUCUUCUCUUCGUAAGCAUGGGCGUGCUGCUCUGGCUGCACGGCGUCACGGUCGGCCUGGUCUUUGAGGGCCAGAAGGGCCUCCUCAAUCGCUUCCUCUGGACCUUUGUCAUCUUCCUCCUCCCGCUCAUCCUCGUCAUGCACACCACGUCGCACACGUGGCGGCGCGUGGCGGCGAGCCUUCUCUUCUUUGAGUUGGGCACUUUCGUCAUGUGCUGGAGCAACUCGCUCGCGUGGUACCGCAACCCCAAGAACCUCUUGCCGCUGCCGGAUCUCGGCCACGACGUCUUUCCAGAGUGGAAGAACCUCGCGAUCAACGAGCACGUGUACCACGAAGAGGCCGAGAAGAUCCCAGACAUCAUCAUGGGCAUCCUCACGAUCACGACGACGAUCUUUGCUGGCAUGCACCCCGCGCGCUGGAAGAUCGUGCAGCGCUUCUUCGUCGUGUACGGCUCGCUGUGCAUGAUGCGGUCCGUCACCGUCAUCUCGACGAGCUUGCCCGACAGCGCUGAAAAGUGCCGGGCCAUGACGCCCCUCGGCAACCUCCAGAGUGGUGCGCACCGCUGGGAAGACAUUACGAUGCGCGCCGUGCUCGUCCGCAGCCUCAAGUUGCUCGUGCCCGUCGGCGAAGUGACGUGCGGCGACAUGGUCUUUAGCGGGCACAGCAUGCUCAUGGUGCUCUGUGCGAUGACGUGGCACACGUACUACAAGUGGGUCCCGGGCUCGAUCAACUACAUCAAGGUCACGAUCUGGCUCAUCACGAUUGCCGGUCUCAUCUCGAUCGUCUGGGUGCGCAUGCACUACACGCUCGACGUCGUGCUGGCGCUCUACUUUACAGUGACGGUCUGGAGCUCGUACCACCGCAUUGCCAACGACGUCAAGAUUGGCCACCGGUUUUCGAUGGUGUGGGUCUUUGACGCGCUCAUCAUUUACCCCGCGAUCGAGUGGAUGGAGCGCCCGGACAACGACGAGGUGGUCGAGGUCGCGCGUCCCGUGCCAGUUGUCCACAUCGACGACCAAGGCGAUGCCAAGGUGUCGCAUCCGCAGGACAUGGACGCGAAACCGAUGACGCCGUCGCCUGUCCGGCGUGGCACCCGGUCGCGCGCCGUGACGCAGCGUUACACAGAGAGCUAGAAGCAGGGUCUUGGGACCGUAGAAGAGACGUCGACUUGUACAUUGAAUCAACUCAGCAUUCGUCGCGA